UGAUUUCUAUAAUCUCCCUCCUCUAACCCUCUUCCCUCCCAGCUCCCAAGAUUGUGACUCUCCCCUGUCUUUACCGGCACCUGGCUUCUGACUUCACAAAGAAAUGAUGUCACAGCACCUUAGCUUCACAUUACUCAUGGCUCCCCAAACCCUGAGAGGGGCAGUAGCAUCUCAGAGCCAGAGGGAGCAGCCACCUUUCUCUCAGAUAACUUGCCUGGGUGCUACAGACCCAACUGCUGAAGCUCUUAUAAAACCACCUGAGUGAAUAUGAAGGCCUUAGAGAAGAAGAAAGAAUGUCCCAAGAUCAACAAUGUGGAGAGCAGAGUAUCUCAGACCAGCAAUUUGGUACUCAUAAGGAACCACUUAAGAAGGAUAAUCAAGAAACUGGUUCUGCUCAAAAUGCUCAAGAGCCCAAAUCCCAGAAUCAAGUGGCUCUGUGAGUUAGCCCACAAGUACCGGAAGAUGUUAGCACUUGGGGGCCCUCUGGACACAGUUGCUUCCCCCUCUGGGAUGUGUACCACCUCUGAGGAACCUCCAAGGCCUAACGCAGAUGUGACUGAUGAGCCUGUUAUGGAUGUUGAGGAGGUUACUAUAGACAAGGAAGCUGAGUCUAAUCCUUCAGCUGAGACAUCCCUUGAGGCUCCGUCUUCAGAAAUGUGCGAGGCUCUCUGCUUGAAAGGCCUGCCUCUGCGUAUUCAUAUGCCUGCACCCAAGAUGCUCUGUAGACCAUCAUCUCUAAGAUGGAUCAAGCCUUGCUGCACCCGAUCAUGUAAUGAGACUCUGGAGCAUGCCAUCACAAAACAUUAUUCAGAGUGUCAGAAGCGGUAUCCAAACCUGGAAUGACUGGAAUGACGCUAAUUUCAGAUGUCCUGAAGAUAGUGAGAGGAGCCUUGAAGACAUAGAUCUAUUGCAUGUUGACUCAUAUUCCUACAAUAAAGCGGAUAUUGAGCAUCCUUCAGACACAAAACUUGUCUUUGGCUUGAAAUAAAGCGUGUGUGUGGGGCAGGGAAGGGAUGUGGAAAGGAAGCAGAUGAAUUUAAUUUG